CAAGCCAGGUGUCCAGGUCUCUAAUCAUUGAUUGCAGGUUGUUAUCAAUGCAGUAUACUGAAGCAGUUUCCUUAUUCCUCAAAGAGAGGAUACUGGAUUUCUUGAUAUUUAGCUUAAGCCCUUCUUCAGUGUACCAGGCUGAAAAUCAUGGCCCAGCCUUUGAAGCGGUUGUUAAAGAAUACCGCAAAAUGAUGAAUCGUCUAAAGCUUCGAUUUGGUAUUUCAAAACCCUCAACAUCACUGUCGUAUGUAGAAUUAGAAGAGUGGCUUGAUAAAAAAACAAUGUAUGAAAACAUGUUUUCAAAGAGAGAGUUUUGGAAAGAGAUGGAUAAGAGUGAGCUUCCUGGCUUCUUCAGAGACUGUGGUCACUACCCCAACAGACAGGAAAUCGAAGAUGUCUGGUGUCUUAUCAAUCAGGGAUCUUCAGGGACGCAGGCAGAAGUACUUAAGCGCAAACAUGUGGUUGAAAUAGCAUUCACACUGUAUCCUCCAAAGGGGGCAAAUUUGACUGGUCGUACAACUCGUCAGUCAACUUGGGUCAGCCCCAUAGUUGAUGGAGAGGAAGGAUAUAAAUAUUUAGUGUCAAACCAUCCAGUGUUAAAAGAAGCAGAUAUCCAUGUCGUUGGGAAUUUGGUGGCUGCAUCAAUAAGAGACAGGAAAGAAAGACUGGAAUCAUCCAGGAAAGUAGAGGCAGAUGGAAUAGAUGGAAGUGGCAUUUCUGACAACAGUAUUUAAGCCAGGACCUUGCAUCUUUACAUUACAUGGCCUGACAGAAGGCAUCUUUCAUUUAGCCGUUGAACUGCCAUUCUUAUUGCUAAAGAAAAUAAUAGUGGUGACAAUGGAGAGUCAGUAAUUUGGUUCUUUCUUAAUCAUAUACAGUGUUCUGGAAAGUGAGAUUUUUAUGACAUCUAAUAAUAUCUGGCUGUGGAAAGUGAGACUAUUUCUAACAUCUGAAAAAAUCACACACUCACACACACACACACACACACACACACACACACACGCAC